CAGUGGGUCUAAUACAGGUGCUAUGCCAAUCAGGUUAAUUAGGGCUAAGCCUGUGAUUAAUAGCAACUGCAUUGUGAGGUAAAAAAAUAACUAUAGGAGGGAAGAAACUUUCAUCCCAACUAUUCAAACGAGCGUUAAAAUCGCGUUAAAUGUCAACAAAGUAUCCAAGCAAAUUAAGAAUGAGCUUACGUGCUAACUUGUUUGUGUACCGGCUUGUGACGUCACCGUGGUGUUUUUGGAAGGUAGGUAAACAGGACAGGUGGCGCAUGAAGAUGGCCCGAGGUGUUAUCCAGCAGGCUUGUCCGGCUCCAGGACGACAAAUGAGGUACGGGCAGUUUAUGGUGGACUUCCGAAAGUUCUCCGUGGAAGCUUCCAGGCGAUGAGACGGAUCGACACGCUACGACGUGACGACAUCCGCAGGCACCCACGAGACAGGCAGGCAGGAUGGCCGCGAGUUGGUGUAAAGGACGACUUUUCUCCUUUUUUGACUACAAAACAGAAAAAUUUAUUGUGGCCAAAAAUAAAACAGUUGGGAUUUUGUACAGACUCAUCCAGUUAUCUAUCAUCGGUUACCUAAUAGGGUGGGUUUUCUUAAGCAAGAAAGGCUACCAGGAGGUAGACGAGGCCAUCCAGAGCUCAGUCAUCACUAAGCUGAAGGGCGUCUCAGUGACCAACACCACAGCGUCAGGUGUGUUGGUAUGGGGGCCAGAGGACUAUGUCAUCCCACCACAGGGUGAAGCCGUUCUAUUUGUUGUAACCAAUUUCCUGGAGACGCCCAAUCAGAAGCUUGGAUACUGUGCUGAGAACCCCAAAGUGGUGGAUGGCCUCUGCCAGGAAGACAAGGACUGCCAAGAGGGACAUAUAGUGGUGGCUGGUCAUGUCAUGAGUGGUCGAUGCUUACACAGGGAGCAAAACUUCAGUGGCACUUGUGAAGUCUUUGGCUGGUGUCCCGUGGAAAGACCCGUCAAACCACACAGAAGGUCUUUGCUGACAAACGCAGAAAACUUCACCAUCUACAUCAAGAAUUUCAUACGAUUCCCUAAAUUUGCAUUUUCAAAGUCUAACAUUCUGGAUACGACGGACCAGUCCUAUUUGAAGAAAUGUAGAUAUGAUGAAAAGCUGCACCCCUACUGCCCCAUCUUUCGCCUGGGAGACAUCACCAUGACCGCAGGAUACAACUUCAACGACAUGGCAAUAUUUGUAUGUACUACUACUACGACUAUCAUAUUUGUAUAUACAGUAUGUCAUAGCAUGUCCACAUUCGACAUUUUGCGCAAGGGAGGCUCCAUUGGCAUCCACAUCGAGUGGGACUGUGACCUCGACAAAGGUUACUCCAACUGUCAUCCGCAGUACCACUUCACUCGCCAGGACAUCAGCGCGUCCAAUAAGGCCAUUGCAGUGGGAUUCAACUUCAGGCAUGCUCGCUAUUAUAAAAAUGCAGCAGGGGGGAGUUACCGAUCUCUAUUCAAAGUCUACGGGGUGCGAUUCAACAUCAUGGUGAAUGGGAGGGCUGGGAUGUUCAGCAUCGUGCCCACAGCCAUCAGUGUUGGUUCAGGGUUAGCUUUAAUGGGUGCGGGAGUUUUCUUGUGUGACAUGAUCCUUCUCUACCUCAUGAAGGAUGGCACCGCUUAUCGGGAGAGGAAGUUUGAGGGACAGUCGGCAAGCGAAGACACAGAAGACAAGCAAGAGCAAAACAGUCUGAAAUCUCCUGAUCUGUAAUGUCAGGUUGAGUUUGUAUCAUAUGCUGUACAUAUUACAAGCGUGAUGCUGUCCAUUUUCAUAUGAAGAAGUUUGAAAAGUAAAAUAUGUUGCAAUUCCAUCUUGUUGCCAGUAGAUGUCGCCAAGUGCGUUUGAGCUGCUGGAUGUCACUGGCUGAAGAUAAAAAAAAAAAAAUUCCAUCCAAAAAAAUAUACUGCUCAAAAAAAUUAAAGGAACACUUCGAAAACACAUCAGAUCUAAACUGGGGGGAAAAUGAUCUUGAA